AUGGAUAAGGAUGCUUCGACUGGUGGUGGAGGCAAGGUAUUUGAUCAUGUUGAUGAUUCUGGUGAUGCUGUGUUUUCUGGUUUGGGGAAUUUAUCUUCUAAUAUGACAGAUGAUGCUGAUGAGUCAGCUGACAAGACUAUAAGAGAAUCUCUGGAUUUGCUGAACCAGGAUUUUGCUGCAUAUUCUGCUGACAGUUUACCGCGUUUCUUAGAUCCCCCAGUAUUUGACAGGACUCCUGCUGUUGAGAAGGGUAACAUGGGCAGCCCUGUUUUUGAUUAUACUCCUCUGCGGCAAGUUCUUGAAUCUGAAUCAGUUGAAGCUACACCUGUGAUGGAAGAAACCCAAUCUCAGUCUGUGGCUGGUACUCAAAUAGUUACUCAGGAUUAUAUGGUUGAAGAACAGCUUGCGAAGGAAAAGGAGAGACAAGCUGCUAAAUUAGCUCAGCACCAGGAGAAAUUGACUACAUAUUACCGGAAAUACCCUGCGAAAGCAAAGUCUGCUAAGGGUAAUGCCCACACGUGA